UCAUCAUAUUAAUCCGCCAGGUGAAAAGGCUAGCAGACAUCGUUAGUCAGGGAAGGUGAUAGCUUAGGCAUCCUUUUAAAGAAAAUGGCAUUGAAAAGAAUCACAAAGGAACUGUUAGAUUUGAAAAAAGACCCACCAGCAGGAUGUUCGGCAGGCCCCGUUGAUUCAGCAAAAGACAUGUUUCAUUGGCAAGCUUGUAUACAAGGUCCACAAGACAGUCCAUAUUCUGGUGGAACAUUUUUCCUGAAUGUUCAUUUUCCAACAGACUAUCCCUUCAAACCACCAAAGGUGUCAUUUGCAACGAAAAUUUACCAUCCCAAUAUCAACAGUAAUGGCAGUAUAUGUUUAGACAUACUGCGAUCGCAGUGGUCACCAGCCCUCACAGUUCAAAAAGUCCUUCUAUCCAUCGCAUCUUUACUAACAGACCCUAAUCCAGAUGAUCCGUUAGUCCCAGAAAUUGCCAAAAUAUAUAAACAAGAUCGAGAGAAGUACAACAAAUUAGCGGCUGAGUGGACCAGAAAGUAUGCACCGCUGUGAAAACGCCCCACAACAGCUGCUAAUGUUAAAACACUGUGGAUACAUACUGCCAAUGGAAUCUUGAGAUAGUCUACCUGCUUCAUACUGUGAACAAGACUUUGAGGGCGACAUCUCACAAACAUGUCUUUAUUGUUGGUGGUGACUUACACAUGUACAGAUUCUAUUUGCACAGUGUGUUUAUUCACAUAUAUUGUUGUCGGUACAGUAUGUGCUGUGUCGUGGGGAGUCCUAUAUACCAGAUUACAGACCUUUUUAUGUGCACUUUAAUUGUGGUUAUUCAACUUCUUUAGUAAACUCUUCUGUGCUUUCCUUUCUUUACUAUACAAUUUGUGAUUUGCUGUCAGUGGUAAUAUAUUUAUACUAUAGACUUGACUUUGGGCAUUUUGUAGGAAUAAACAUACAUUAUGUUAGAAGUAAAGUGUAAUCAAGUAGAUGAGAUUUCCUGAUACGAUUUCUUCUCUUUUUUUUGAUGUUUUGUGAGGCAGUCAAGUCAAUUAACUUGUCACUGUUAAAAGUGCACCAACAGUAACUGCUAUAAUUAACUUGUCACUCUGUUAAAAGUGCACCAACAGUAACUGCUAUUACAGUUGUAGCUUAAAGUACCCAGUUGAAAUUGUUAAAAGUAGGUGUUAGCCAAGUUGAAAUGGCACAUGAUACAAUAUUUGUGUGUGGUGUCCAAUCAAUUUGACAGUUAUGAGUAACAGUAAACUAUAUGUGUUCAGGUAUUCAUGUUUAAUAAAUUUAGUAUUUAUUUAAUGAAUGCUAGUUGAUAUGGAUCUGAAUCUUAAGUAUAUAGCUGUCCACUGUUUGAACAAGGUUUAAUUUGCUUAACUGUGUAUUUUGACAUUCAAUACUGGUAGGAAUUCACUAUUAUUAUUAUUUUUUUAAUACUAAGAAUAGAGUGAAAUAGGUUGAGAUGGUCAAAAUUCAUAUUUAGUAUCUUUCUCAGUCCAUGAGCAAACUGGAAGACGAGCUGAAGAUAAUUCACCUGAAAUAGUGCUAGGUGAGCAAUCACAUUCAUGAAGUUUCAAAUGAAUUGUAUUAAACAUUUUAUUGCAAUUUUGUCUAUCAAUUUGCCACUCUCCUAAUACUUUCCAGGCGAGUGUGGAGAGGAGCGGUGAUCACUUGCCUUUCGUGGCAAAAACUGUUUCUUGUUAAUAAAGUAUUUACAGCCAUUCAAAAGUUUUGACAUGAAAUUGAGAAGCAACAUAACCCAAUUUUAAAGAUUUCUUAUAAAACUGAAAAAUUAACUUUUGUUCUGUGGCGACAAUGUUUUGUUUUAAAUGUGUACAGUAGUUAUUUAUGCAGAUUGUUCUAGGCUAUCAUCUGUUACAUUGCAGACAGGUUUUUAAAAUUUCUUUUUCAACUCUUCUGAAAUUAACCAUUUUAAAUUAGAAGCUGGGUGUGUUGUCCUUUUUUGUUAGUAGCACAUCAUUAUAGUUCUUUUCUGAAUGAAGUGUCAGAGUGUAGCUUUUGAUAUAGUGUCGACUUGUUUUACACUUGUAAUCUCAGAUGAACAACAGGGUGGGAAGUUACUAUUUCAGACUGGCUUACAUAACCAAUUACAUUUGUUUUGGAUAUUUCAUGUAUUUUUAUACAUUAUUACAUUUUUACAAUGUUACUAGCUCUUAAUGGUACUUACACAUUGCAAUAGUGUUGACAGUUGAAGUUUUUACUCUGCAUGAGUUUAAAAUUAGUAGCCUCAUUUAUAUCCUAUCGGAGGAUUUUGAGACAGUUGAGUGUACAUCUCGUUUAACUGGGUGUGCGCAAGUUUUAUUUAUUACAGUAAUUUUUCUAUUAAAUUAUUAAUCAAUUUUAAAAUCUGUAUUUAAAUACUAAUUAUAUAUUUCCAAAAAUGACAUUUUAUGUCCAUACUUUAUUUUAAAAAAUUAACUUGCAGUGUAAACUGAUGAAUUUACAAUGUAGGUUCAUGGUUAAUAUAAUAAAUUUGUACAAUUUAUGCUUUACUUUAUGUGUGAUUGACCCAAAGUGGAAUUUUUAAAAAUUUAUAUUUCACAGUCUUUAAUGUGGUUAUCAUUUAAGAGAAUUUUACAUUCUUGUGGAAUUUGAAGGCUCUUAUGAAAAGUGGUGAUAUUUAUAGACUGUAUUCAGGUACUACAUGUGUUAAAACACUUAUAGAAUUUAGAAAAUUAGACAUACAAAGAAAUAUAAAUUUGAAACAUGGGCCAAUUAAAUUAUUUCUGAAACAUAAAAUUAAUUCCUUGACAAAUAUUCACAAAAUAUGUCACUGCCAGAACCCAACAAAAUUGAAAUGUCAGAUUUCUAAACUAGAAAAUUAAAAAGUCUAUUAGACAUAAAAAUGUCCAUCAAUAACAUUGAAUUUUUAAAUUCAUUAUAUUUGAAUAAGCCAAGGGCCAAAAUAACUCAUUAUGAGCAUAGCUUAGAUCUCGGUAAAAAAUUUUUUUAAUGCGGCAUGCAAACUCGUCAUCAGCAUAAAAUAGAAAACCAUUUAACUUUAGAAGAUUCCUGAUUGUUUUUAGACAUUACUCAACGAGGUAUGAGGCAAUACUGUUUAUCUUGCAUGGGUGAAUUGAUAGACGAGUGCAAGAUAAAUCGGUAUUGCCGAGUAGUGAGUUGGGUAUUAUAUUAAUACCCAUUAUCAAUAUGGCUAAGAUGUAUGUUCAUGACGUCAGUUUGUUGUCAACAUGACUGACACCAUAGAAACUAUUCUUACGCACACACACACAAUUAACCGCCUAUAGAGAAGCACUUUUUAUGACGUCAGAAUGUAUCUACGGGAAGAUUGUUUUUGUUUUCUUUCUCUAGGGAAAGAUCAGUUUUCUUUCCCCACUUCUCUGCUCAUAUAGGUACAUGUAAUAAUACUUGUGAACAAACUGAUUGAUAGAGUACUUAGUAAUUCACAGUAAUUAAAAAGUAGAGAGUUAAAUACUAGGGAUUACAUAGAAAACUGAAGAUGGCCACCAAUAUUACCACAAAUUUGUGUUUUUAAUGUACUUUGCUUUAUAAUAAACUCAGAAUAAUACUUUUGCUGUUAUAUUAGAUUGUAUUAUGUUAGAUUUGUUGCGAAACAAGUUUUAGUCAAAAUACAAAUUAGGGCCUGUUGAAAUUUAUAUGAUGAAGUUCCACACAAAUCUGAUAAAUAGUUAAAAUAAUAUUAACCAUAAAACAUAUGGCUAGACACAAAAAUAUCAGCCUAGAUUUAUUGGGAAACAUACUAGUUAGGGAAUAUUGGUGGUCAUAUUUUUUGUAGUAUUAUACUGUAUAAUUUAAGACCAAUCUUGCAAAUGGUUGCAGUAAAUUUGUUGACCCCCAAAAUCCUGUGACUAGCUACUGAAAUUAUAAUCCUUGGAUUAAUAUGGUGGCCGUUACAGCCGAAGACAUGGAAUGGCAGUCAUCUUGUAUGUUAGCUUGAAUUUCUUAAAACUCUUAAUGAUGAUCAUAGUUCAUCGGCCUGAUCCUCAAAACGGAAACCCUGGCCUAAUCAAAAACAAGACUAUAUACAAAUAUUUCAAGGACCAGCUAUAGUUCUGCCAGACUAAUUACACAACAAUGUCAAUUGAUAGUGGAUUUGAAAUGGCACAACUCCUAAAGUAUUGGAAUGUGCAUGUUCAAACUUUUCAGGAUUAUUAUCAAAUACAUUGAAUUUGGCUUUAUAAUAAUGGAAAAUACAUGUGUAUCUUUAAAAAUCUGAGGUUAUAUCUACCUGAUUUUGGCAUCAAGGUUUUGUCAAAGGUCAGAGUGAAAAUUUUAUGUUUUCUCAUUUGUUGGUGUUUCAUUAUUUAAAAAGAUUUAAAAAUUGAAUUUUUGUUACUGAUUUGAUAUAGACUGCCACUAAUUGCAGUUGUUAUAAAUCAAUGAGAAUAACCUAUAGGUGCUGCUUAGAAUUAACAAAUGUGCCUCACUGGAGUUUCAGAAAUAGUCAUUGUUCUUGGCUCUGACUUUGGCAUGGUACAGUAGAUGAAAGAAACACACAUACAUGUUGUAUGAAAUUAAAACAAUGUUACAGCUAGUGGCUACAGAGUAGAUUUUCACAAGAUGAAACAAACAAUUGGUUUGUUUUCAACAACAAAUUGUCAUUUGUAUAUAUGCCUACCAAUGGUCGAUGUAACAGUUUGAUUUUAUUAUAGACAUUGGUGUGAGCCAAGUACUUAUAAUGGAUGCAUGCUAUUCCAAGUACAAUUUAGAGAUAUGUCUAGGUCCUUUGACAUUGAGGGAUGCGAGUGCUACACGGAAACGCAUAAAUACGCUUUUCCAUUUUGUCUAAAAAAAAACCAAAACAUGAUGUUCAAUACUGUUGACCACUAGGUUAAUUUGCAUGUUUUCACAAUUUCAAGUUUAUGAUGUGUGCCUUAUAUUAUAAGUUAUAACCAGCAAUUUUUGGCAGUUCCAGGGGUUGCAAACAGGGGCCCUUGAGCGGCCCCUGGAUCCUGGCCGCAGUAAGCCUUUUUGUUCCAGCCCCUACUUGGACAUUAAAGUACUAAUCAAAAUUAUACCCAGGUGAUUUUCCAGUCUUAUAUAUUAUUUAUGAAAAUCCCUGGAAUAAAAACCACAAAAAUGUGUCAGUAUUAUCAUGACCUGUUAAGGUAUUCAAACAACCGGUAUAUGGGUGUUACAGUCCGUUUCAAAUUACAUAUGUUUUGCAGUAAAAUUGUAAAUACAUCUCUUAUUUCUGUCUAUAACAAGUCAUUUAUUGUCAUUUUUUUGUACCGGUUGUUUGAAUACCAUAACAGGUCAUAAUAAUGCUGACACAUUUUUAUGGUUUUUAUUCCAGAGAUUUUCAUAACUAAUAUAUGACUGGAAAAUCACCUGGGUAUAAUUUUGAUUAGUACUUUAGUACCAAUCAUUAUGCAGCAAGGAAAACAUGUAAGGGACAAUCAGCAGUUUGAACACCCUCUCCACCAAUCGAAUCAUAAUAAAAGUGACCCUUGAUGACAAAUCUACACUCACAACCUUAUUACUGAAAUAGAUUUCAAAUAAUAAAAGAUAAUUAUGGUCAAAUGUUAUCAGGUGCAUUUGCAGCUAAAGCUUGUGACAAUUGAAAUUUAUUUCACUUGGGACAUAAACAUGUUACAAAAUGGAAGCUCUAUAUAGAAGUAUGUAAUACAAAACAAUUAAGGAUAAUUUCCAACAAUUUUUACUUUUUAUCAUUGUUAUUAUACUGACAUUUAACUUCAGUUUGGAAGUGAAGUAUUUGCAUUCAGUGUCAAAAGGUUCAUUUCGGGGAUCGAUAUAAAAUAAGUUUAUUAUGCCCAUAUAUUAAGACAUAAAUAUUACUGUAAAAAAUCUAUAAAUAAAAUGUUUGGUUUGUAAAAUUCAUCUUGAGAAAAAGCUUAAACAGCCCUUUUUUCUGUAAUGGAACAUUUAUGUAAGAUAUUUAUAUAUUUGUUUCAUAAUUACUUGGGUCACACUAUUGGCUAAACUAAAACCAAAGUGUUGAAUUGAAUGUUGGUAUAUACAAAUAACAGUUUGUUGUUACACAAACAGAUGUUCAUUUCAUCUUCUGAAAAAAAAACCCAAUGGAUGUUAGUUUCCAAGACAUGGAUCCAUUUCUAGCCUCGGGUAACUUGGUACUGAAUAGCUAUUAUGUUUCUUUAAAAUAGUUUUGUUUUCACUGAGGAUCUGUGAUAAUGAAAAUAUCCUUAAGGUGAAAUCAAGCAACUGCUGCAUAUUCCUGCAUAGCUGCUGUUCUACAACACUGGCAAAUAUCUUACUGGAGUCUCGCUUCAAACUUCACUAAUCGUUAACUCCUGUCCUGAACAGAUAGCCAAGGUGUGUGCCCAAAAUCUUGUAUAAGCGCUAAAAAAUUAAAACAAAUUGCAUGCACUUUUGAGUUUACUUUUCAUGGGCCAGUGUUUCAGUGUUUGUAUAAUCUUGGGGCAUUCAAGAGAUAAACUUAUGCAUGGUUUUUUUUUUUGUAUUAGCCUAGAGUCCCAACGUAAAAAUGUUUAUAACAAAUGGUCCUGCUUUGCUUUAGUGCAUUUUCCUUUUAUAUUGUUCUGUGAAAGAUGUAUAUUGUUAUCUAUUUAAAUUACAACAGGCAUUAAAAGCUGUCCAAGUCA